GAUUGAGAACAACCAGACAGAGACCUAUGAGGAAGAGGAAAUGUAUGCACCUGAAGUUCAAUAUCAGAUCAUGUUAAAUGGAGAAGAAGUCAUCCUUCACCUAAAAAAAAACAAGCAUCUCCUGGGGCCAGACUAUACUGAAACAUCUUACUCACCCAGAGGAGAGGAGGUGACCAGGAAUUCUCAGAACAUGAAACAUUGCUAUUAUGAAGGUCACAUCCUGAAUGAAAAGGACUCUCUUGCCAGUAUUCAUACCUGUGGCGGGUUGAGCGGGUUCUUCAUACAUCACGAUCAGAGAUACCAGAUAAAGCCUCUGAAAAGCACGGAUGAGGAAGAGCAUGCUGUCCUCCUGUACAGUCAGGAGGAACCAGACACAACUAAUUACAAGUGUGGGGAGAGACGUGUUGGCAGGAAUAUUCGAACUUCUAGGUCACUCAAAAGCCCAAACAAAGAAGACUUUCUUCAGGGAAAGAAAUAUCUUGAUCUCUUCUUGGUACUGGAUAAUGCCUUUUAUAAGAUGUAUAAUGGAAAUGUCACUCGGAUGAGAAGCUUUGUGUUUGAGGUGCUGAAUCUGCUCAAUGUGAUUUAUAAAACCAUAGGUAUUCAAGUGACAUUGGUAGGUAUGGAAAUCUGGUCUGAUGGCGAUAAGAUAAAGGUGGAACCUAAGAUCGGCAACACCUUUACCAACUUCUUGAGAUGGCAUCAUUCUAACCUGAGGAAAAAGAAGAUCCAUGACCAUGCCCAGCUUCUCAGUGGAAUUGGCUUCCGCAAUGGACGCGUAGGAAUGGCAGCUGUGAGCUCCUUGUGUACUGUAUCUUCAGUGUCUGUUAUUGAGGCUAAAAGAAAAAACAAUGUGGCUCUUGUGGGAGUGAUAUCACAUGAGUUGGGCCAUGUCCUUGGUAUGUCGGACGUUCCAUAUAACACCAAGUGUCCCACUGGGAGCUGUGUGAUGAACCAGUACCUGAGUUCGAAAUUCCCCAAGGAUUUCAGUACCAUCAGCCAGUCACAUUUUCAAAGAUACCUUUUAUCUAAAAAACCAAGCUGUCUGCUUCAGGCACCUAGUCCUGAAAAUAUAAUCACAAAACCAAAGUGUGGGAACCAACUUCUGGAAGUGGGAGAAGACUGUGACUGUGGCUCUCCUGAGGAAUGCACCAAUCUUUGCUGUGAGCCCCUGGCCUGUAAGCUGAAGUCAGGACCUAACUGUGGAGAUGCUUCUAACCAUGUCGUGUGA